AGAUUCAAUGGCGAUUUGCAACGCGCUGCAAACUUUAUAUUUAGUAAUGACACUGAAGAAACUUCUGGAUUAGCACCAUUAGGUUCAGAUUCACAAAAUGAUAACUGGAAUCAAGGAGGGGAUACCAUGUUAGGUUGUCUUGAUAGAGAAACUUCCUCUUUUGAAAAUGAUCGUGAUUUGAAAACAGCGAUAGAUGCCUCUAUGGUUGAGAUUGCUGAUAAAGAAAAUGAAGAUCUCCAAAUGGCAAUAGACAUGAGUAAGUCAACCUCGUACCAGGAAACUAAAGACAGUUAUGGUGAUUCUCGCGCCGUCGUUUUGUAUAGUGGCAAUAAGAAUGGUAAUGACUCACAAUAUCCAAGAUCAGAUCAGAAUUGGUGUGGUGAUUGGGAACAACCGGUGAAAAGACAAAAGCUUGACACAACUCCUCUUGGGUUAAAACCGGUGAUCGAUUAUUAUUAUGCCAGUUCUUUUUUUCAAGCAUUGUUUCACAUUCCUAUUUUUCGAUUGUCUUUGUUGGCAUUUCGUCCGACUAAGGACGAUUGGGGCAAUGUAGAAGGCUAUUGGAAGGGUCAAAAACAUUACUAUACCAAUGAUGAUAAAUCUAAACUUUAUAGUAACGUGAAUCGACAGGAAUCUUUAAAAUUCAUUCAUGAAUUUCAAAAGCUCUUUGGUUUUCUAUCGUUGAGUCAAAGAGCAUAUGGCGACUCAAGUCAAUUAGUGGAUGUUUUGGAUUUUGAUGAAAAAGCAAUCUGGAAUGAAGCAGAAGUCGUGUCUAGCUUUACUAAUAAAUUAAUUGUUAAACUGCUGGAAGGAUCGAACUAUCGGGAUCGAGUUUCUGGGGAUCAAGACAUUCCUGCAGAUCUUCAACCUUAUAUUUUAGAUUUUGAAAAGUAUAACGUAUAUCCUAGUUGUCAAACAAUUUAUGAUGCAUUGGAUCGCGUAAUGCAAGAGUCGAAAGGGAGUUUGCGUAAACCUUUCUUUACAAAACUAGCACAUAUAUUGGUAAUGAACUUAAAACAUAGAGAUAGUGACGGCAAUGCUAGUUUUCCUACUUUCCAAGGAGAUUCAACAUUCCAAGUUCUUAAGGAAUUAUACAUGGAUCGUUACAUGUAUGAAAAUAGUCAAUUUGUCGAAAAGUGCUGGCAAGAAAUUGAAAUAAUGAAGAAUGAACUAGAAAAAAUAGACCUGAACAUUGAUAAAAUUAUUAAGUUUCAGGGAAAACAUAAUGGACCUGAAUUGCUUAAAGGUUCAAUAGAGCACUUUCAGCAAAAGUGUAAAAAAGCAGCAGAAAAUGGAACAACUGAUGAUGAUGCACAACGGACAAAGACGUGGUUAGAGGGAGUCUUGGACAAAGUUGAACAAAAAUUGAAUGAUCUGUUGAAAAAAAAGGAUGAAUUAGAACAAAGCAUUAAACAAAUAUUUGAUACACCUGACAUGAAAAAAUAUCAUUAUCGUCUUAAAGCAGUUUUAGUUCAUAAUGGACAAUCAGGGCAAGGAAAUCACUGGGCUUAUAUAUGGGUUUCAAGAUGUAGCAAAUCAGAUAAUCGUGUUUCUAAUGCCGUGGAUAAUGGUAAUUGGAUGAAAUUCCAAGACAAUAGUGUAGAAGAGGCAAUUGAAAACACGGUGCUUAACGAACCGGGAAUUUAUCAUUCGAGUCACAGUGUUUACACACUUUUUUAUGUAAAUGCACGAUUUGAUUGCAAUUUUUCAAACCUUGAAGAUGUUAUUCCUGAUACACUCAAGGCAUUUGUAGAAAAAGACAAUCAAAUACUUGAGGAAGAAAUAGGUAAUCAAAUCCGACGUGCAGAGUUAGCAGACAAUAAUAAUGCUAUGGAAGGUACAUGGGAAUCAGAUUCUACCGCAUGUGGAGGAUCAUCAGAUUCCGAAAAGAUUCAAGGCCGCAUCGAUACAAUAAAAGAUCAAGCAAAAAAUCUUAAAAUUCAUGAUGCACGAAUUUUGAAAAGAAUAGAAUUAUUUUUCGUUAAACUUGGUAAAGGUGAUGAAAUUAAAUCGCUUAUAACAGAUUACUCAAAAUCC